CCAACCUUUAUCCCAGCACUCGAAUUAUAUCCUCCUCUUUUUGCCUUCUCUCUUGAUCUCUAUCCCCUCCCUGUCCCCAUAUCCACCAAAUCCAAAGCUGCGUUUCUCCAUCACCAUCCAAACAGCCCCUGCCCCUCCAAAACCACCUUCCCCCAACCCCGAGAGUUACCUAAAAUUCUCCUCUUUGGAUCAUCAAACCAGCCCAGAUCUCCCAUGUCUUCAGUCUCAGAUCCAUAAUAUUUCUGGUUUGUCCAUCCUGCCCCCUCCCGCCACAGCUUCCUAGACGUGUACAGCAGGGUCAGUAUCGUCCUUGAGAAAUUAGUACUGAGAUGGGAUCCAUAAGAGCAGAUCUGAGCACUAAAAUCUUCCCGGAACCGGUUGACCACUUCGACCAGUUGCCCGAUUCUCUCCUCUUGCUGGUUUUUAACAGGAUCGGCGAUGUGAAAGCUUUAGGUCGAUGCUGCCUGGUUUCGAGGCGCUUUCACACUCUUGUUCCCCAGGUUGAAAACGUCGUCGUUCGGGUGGACUGCGUCAUUUCCGACGAUGAUCCCUCGUCGUCUUCCUCCUCCGGGAACAGCCCAACGAGCUCGUCGUCGUCCUCUGCCGCCGACAAGUCCCGCUCCUUCCUCCGCCUCUUCCUCUCGUCCCUCCUCAAACCGAUUCAGUCGUUUACGCAGUUCAUUAACCCUAAUAAACGGCCGAUGUCUUCCGUCAGCCACGAUUACGCCGGCAACGGUGAUGAUGACUUUGACCACAGCAGCGUUACCCACCACUCUCCCACCCAAGUACUCAAGAACUUCAAUGAAAUCAGUUUCCUUCGCAUCGAACUCCCCUCCGGUGAGCUCGGCAUCGACGAUGGUGUUUUGCUCAAGUGGCGAGCUGAUUUUGGGUCCACCUUAGAUAACUGCGUCAUCCUCGGGGCAUCAUCGAUCAUCAAGAACUACAAGAGCAGCGCCUGCGAUGAUCAAAUUAGCAAUUGUAACAAUAUUGUUGAGCCCGUUAGAGCCCAUGAAAAUAAUGGUAAUGAUAAUAGUAAUCACCCUGCUAAUACUGAUCAUAGUAAUAGUAACAAUAGUAAUUCGAAUGAGAGCGAUAAUGGGAGCAUACCAGAGUCUUUUUACACGAAUGGGGGAUUGAAAUUGAGGGUGGUAUGGACAAUAAGUUCGUUAAUCGCGGCAUCAGCCCGGCAUUAUUUGUUGCAGCCAAUAAUUGCAGAGCACAAGACUUUGGAUAGCUUGGUUUUGACUGAUGCGGAUGGGCAAGGGGUUCUGUGUAUGAAUAAGGAGCAGUUGGAGGAGCUCAGGGUGAAGCCUUUAUCGGCUUCUUCUGCAUCGAAGAGGACGUUGGUGCCUGCGUUGAAUAUGCGGCUCUGGUAUGCGCCACACUUGGAAUUGCCUGAUGGGACGGUGCUCAAGGGAGCGACCUUGGUGGCUAUUCGGCCGAGUGAGCAGCAGCAGUUGGCGCCUAAGAAGGAUGUAGCUGCUGCAGCAGAUGGGAGUUGGGUGGGUGCUGCAUUUGAGGAGCCUUAUGGGACUGCUGCCAGGAUGUUGGUUAAAAGGAGGACCUAUUGUCUCGAGAUGAACUCAUUCUGAUCGAUUUGGUGGUCUUUUGUUGAACAAAAGAAGUGAAGAAUUUUGGGGGGAAACUGCAGCCUUUUGAGUUUGGGAUUUCCAUAUCCUGGAAGGAAGAAAAAACCCACCCACAAUUUUACUGCUUGGUCACUAUGAAUCAAUUGAGCAUCCCCAUGUUACUUCUUACACGAAGAAAAAGCCACUAGUUGGGACAUUCUGUGGAUUCUUUGUUGGUCUCCCUUUGUUUAAGCUGAUCGAUGAGACAAGCCACUUGUUGGGGUGACAACGAGACUGAAUUUGUCUCCCUUUUUCUAUAAACGAAUGGAUAUAGGCAUCUGCUGUUGUCUUAAUUCUGCCAAUAUGUUUAUGAAAGUGCACAAGAUGCUUUUGUAUUGCUGCUGCUGUUAGAGUUUUUGUCAUUAACCCUGUAGUACAAUAAUUAGUUUUCUGCUAUACCAUCUGUGAAUAUUGUAGGCAAUAACAUUGUUUUCUGUUUGUGCAAUGCCUUGGAGGUUCAUCUGGCACUAGUGCUGCGCUGUAUUGGACUAUCUUUCUUCCAUUAGUUGUGUGCCUAAAAUGUUGGAGGCAGUGAAGGGUGAACAUACAUUGUAUUCUAGAUACGCAAGUACUGCAAAUCCCAGCGCACCAUUGCCAUCCGAGUGAUGGUAAUCCUCGAUGUAACCUGCCAAACAAUUGUUGCAGCCUUGCAGGGCGCCUUGUGCUUCAUGGACUUUGUUUUCUACCA